CAGACGUUGUGACAAUCAGUGACAAAAAUGUCGCAUUUGAAGUGUGCAAAUUCUCUAAGAGCAAUUACAACAAACUUCCGAAGGAUAUUAUUUGUUUCCAAUAAAUCGCUGUGUAGCAAGAAAGUUAAGGAUUUUAAUGUCACGAUUAAAAUAGACGAUGGUAAAGCAGAAAAAAAGAAAUCCCGCUCGAUAUUAUUCGAUGAAGACGAUGAGACGGGGACAGUCGUGGUGACCGAGAGGGAGAAAGAGGCUUCUGUCAAAAGCAGAUUGUCCAAAGAGUGUAAUAAAAUAUACGGUAAGCAUUCUUCAGGACAGAAAGUACAAGCUUUAAAAAUUCAAAAUCUCUUCGAUGCCAACGUAGAUGCAGUUGCUUCUAGAAAAGUCUUAGAUGAAGCUGUGUUAAGAAUGGCCAAAGAUCCACCGGAUUCUACACCUUGUAAAACGGAAUCUAAAUCGAAACCAAAAACAGAACUCGCAGAGAAACCUACCGCAGAUCUCAAAGGUAAACCAUUCUCAGAACCCAAAUGCAAACUUGGGGCAGAACCAACAUCACAGCCCACGGGUGAUAAGUCUUUGGAUAAAACCAUUACUUUGUUGAAAGAUUCCUCCGUAAGUUCUCAGGGAGAUAAACGGCCACCACCGCCACCUCCACGAAAAGGAACUAUAGUGAGACGGGAAGCUGGAGAAGUUAUUUACGCUUUCAUACCGAGGGAAUGGUUCACUGCUUUCGUACCAAAGACAGGCGUAACUGGGUUCGGAACUUUUCUGUUUACCACAGGGACCAUAUUUUUCCUUGCAGGUACUUAUCUGAUCAGCAAAGAAUACUACGUCUUGGAGCAUAAUUAUUAUGGUGGGUUAUCGAUGGCUAUAAUGAUGGCUGCCGCCGUUCGCUACGUAGGGCCAUCUUUGGCCGCAUACUUAGACAAAGAAAUCCAAGAGUACGAAGACCAAUGGAAUCAAGCGAAGAAAGAAUCCGUAGUUGAGUUGGAAAAUAGAGUGCUGGAAGAAAUUCGCGUUCAAUAUGAAGCAGACGGAGCCCUAAUGCUGGUGGCAGCGAAACGCGAAAAUGUCCAUCUCCAGUUGGAGAACGAAUUCAGGAAUAGGCAAAUGACUGUCUACGAACAAGUCACGCACAUCCUCAAUUAUCACGCGGCCGUUGCAGACCUCCGAAGGAAGAUCCAGCAAAGAAAUUUGGUGGAUUAUGUCACCAAUCAAGUGUUGUCUUCCUUUACGCCGGAGAUGCAGCAGGAAUUGGUCAACAUAUCCAUAGAUAAUUUGAUUAAGGAGUUGAGUAAACACAAGGUGGAAGAGGAUCACGGAGAACAGCAGAAGUAUAAGAAGAAGAAGGAAUGAAGGUCGGGUAAUUAAGUAACUUAAUUAAGGUUAUAAUAGUUAAUAGAUGAUAAAAUAGUGGUAUUUGAG